GUAAAUUUUUUUUAAAGCCAGUGAAUUUGUGUUUUUAAAGCAGUGAAUGUGUUUUUGAAGCAGUGAAUUUGUCUAAUUAAAGCAGAACAUAUACAUAGCGCUAUAUUGAGUCGAUAACAGAUAUUUUAACCUCUAAAGUCUUCAACUUUAAUGCUUAAUAACUCGAUUCACGAGGCCGACCGCCGCGUUUUUCUUCCAGAUUCUUUCGUUUUGAACGAAAAUGUGUCGAAUGAACCGAAUUUCAUUAAAAUCGGAGUAUGCUUUAACUCAUAAAACAGAAAAUGCCCAUGAGGAUAGUAUAUGGACUUGCGGAUGGGGUUGUCCAAAAAGGAAGAAAGAACAUCUGGAUAAUGAAGAUUCACGUGAUUCUGUACAGUCUAAUGAAGAUGAAACAACAGAAUAUCUUGUAACAGCUUCUGUGGAUGAUUCUGUGAAAGUAUGGGAACUGAAGGAGGAUGCUUUGAAGUUAAAACAUAAGUUAACUGGAUAUUCCUUGGGAGUUGUAUCUAUAGCUAUUAGCUCAGAUGGAUCAAAAUGUGCCUCAAGUUCACUUGAUUCAAGUCUGAAAUUAUGGGACUUAUAUUCUGGUGAUAAGUUAUUGAGCAUUGAAGUUGGUCCAGUAGAUAUUUGGACUUUAGUCUUUUCUCCAGAUGAUAAAUUCAUUGUAUCUGGCAGUCAUGCUGGUAAAAUACAUCUAUAUGGAACUGAUAAUGGUAAACAAGAACAGACUUUAGAUACAAGAGGUGGAAAAUUUACAUUAAGUGUAGCAUAUAGUCCUGAUGGUAAAUAUAUUGCAAGCGGCGCAAUAGAUGGUAUUAUUAAUAUUUUUGAUGUUGCCUAUGGAAAAGUUUUACGUACCUUGGAAGGUCAUGCGAUGCCUAUCAGAUCUUUAUGUUUCUCACCCGACUCUCAGUUGCUUCUUACAGCAUCUGAUGAUGGACAUAUGAAACUAUAUGAUGUCAAAGAUGCAAAUCUAGCAGGAACGAUGUCGGGUCAUGCUUCUUGGGUACUUGGUGUGGCUUUCUCACCAGAUGGACAGCAAUUUGCAUCAAGUAGUUCCGAUCAUACAGUCAAGAUCUGGGAAUUAGCACAAAGACAAUGUUUGCAUACAUUUCGUGAACAUAAGGAUCAAGUCUGGUCAGUUAAGUAUAAUCCACAGCGAAAUAAUAUAAUUGCGUCAGUAUCUGAGGAUAAAUCUAUUAAUUUAUACGAAUGUCCUAUAUAUGAGAAAUAAUUAUAUUAAGGAUUAAUAAAUAUUUUUUCUCUAUACCGUUUAUUCUGUUUAUUAAUUGCAAACAACUGAUGACAUUUCUUUCAAGUUUAUGAAAGACCGGAGGAUAUUUUUUAGCUAUAAAUUUUAUUGUACUGCAAGUAGUAAUGUACAAACUAUAAAGGUCUAUGACGAAUUUAAAAUGUGAUAUGUAAAAAAAUUAUUUUUAAAACCUAGAACAAAGUGAAAAUGACGUUAUAAAAAAGAAAUGACAUGAAUAGCCAUGGUGUACACAUCACAUUUUUAAAUGAAUAAUAUAAAGGUACCCUGACAUGGUUCCAAGUUGGCAGAGUUAAAUUUAAUUAACUCGAACUGGAACAGGGUAAAAUGUUUACAGAGAAGACUUUUCAAUUAAAUAAAUAAAUACGUAUAAUAAAUUCUAGCUCAUGUACCAAAAGAUCUCCUUCCGAUAAGAGUUUGGUAAUGAUC